UACAAAACCUUUCAUAAAACUCACCUUAUCCUUCCUUCUCCGACGAGUAUCCAAAAAAAAAUGGCGUCUACAUUGGGAGUUCCAUCUCUUUACAAACUUCCUCACCUCGAAACCUCAAAACCCAUUUCCAUAAACAGACCCACUUGCUUACCUCUUUCUCUAAAUAACCCUUUCUUCUCCACUCCCAUCUCUUUUCAAAGAACUCGUCUUCUCCACUCCUCUUCAGCCGUAGCAACUCCCAACUCUGUUCUCAGUGAAGAAGCUUUCAAAACCCUUGGUCUUUCCGACGAGUACGACGCAGAAGACGAUGGUGAAGAGCUAGCUAUCUCUAAACUCGGUUUGCCUCAACGUCUCGGGGAGUCUCUUGAGAAUCGUGGUAUCACUAACCUCUUCCCUAUUCAGAGAGCUGUGUUGGUUCCUGCAUUGCAAGGAAGAGACAUUAUAGCUCGUGCUAAGACAGGAACUGGGAAGACUUUAGCUUUUGGUAUCCCUAUCAUUAAACGUCUCACUGAACAAGCUGGAGACUACUCUGAAGAUAGGAAGUCUGGUCGUCUUCCUAAGUUCCUUGUCCUUGCACCUACACGAGAACUGGCUAAACAAGUGGAAAAAGAAAUCAAGGAGUCUGCGCCAUAUUUAAGCACUGUUUGUGUAUACGGUGGUGUCUCUUACACCAUUCAGCAGAGUGCUCUGACUCGUGGCGUUGAUGUUGUUGUUGGAACUCCUGGAAGAAUCAUUGACUUGAUAGAAGGAAGGAGCCUCAAGUUAGGUGAAGUUGAGUACUUGGUGCUUGAUGAAGCUGACCAGAUGCUUGCUGUUGGUUUUGAGGAGGCUGUUGAAUCGAUUCUUGAGAAUCUCCCACAGAAGAGACAAAGCAUGCUUUUCUCAGCUACUAUGCCUACUUGGGUUAAGAAGUUGGCUAGGAAGUAUCUUGACAAUCCCUUGAAUAUUGAUUUGGUUGGAGACCAAGAUGAGAAGCUAGCAGAGGGGAUCAAACUCUAUGCAAUCUCAGCUACAUCAACCUCAAAACGCACUAUUCUAAGUGACCUUAUAACAGUGUAUGCAAAGGGUGGCAAGACCAUUGUGUUUACACAAACAAAAAGAGAUGCAGACGAGGUCUCUCUAGCGUUAUCAAACAGUAUAGCUUCUGAAGCACUUCAUGGAGAUAUCUCUCAGCAUCAAAGAGAGAGAACACUCAACGGUUUUCGCCAAGGAAAGUUCACGGUUCUAGUUGCUACUGAUGUUGCAUCUCGUGGACUUGACAUCCCCAACGUAGAUCUCGUUAUCCACUAUGAACUUCCUAAUGAUCCAGAGACUUUUGUGCACCGUUCUGGUCGUACUGGGCGUGCAGGGAAAGAAGGUUCAGCUAUUCUCAUCCACUCUAGUAGUCAAAAGAGAACAGUGAGGUCUCUGGAGCGUGAUGUAGGCUGCAGAUUUGAGUUUAUUAGCCCACCAACUGUUGGAGAGGUGUUGGAAGCUUCAGCAGACCAAGUGGUGGCUACUUUAAACGGUGUUCACCCUGAGUCUAUAAAGUUUUUCUCAGCAACUGCUCAGAAACUUUUUGAGGAAAAAGGAACAGAUGCUUUAGCUGCAGCUCUAGCUCACCUCAGUGGUUUCUCUCAGCCACCUUCAUCUAGAUCUCUCCUCAGUCAUGAACAGGGAUGGGUGACUUUGCAGUUGAUAAGAGAUCCAACAAACUCUAGAGGUUUCUUGUCUGCGAGAUCUGUCACUGGUUUUCUUUCAGACGUAUACGGUCCAGCUGCAGAUGAAGUUGGAAAGAUCUUCUUGAUUGCAGAUGAAAGGUUGCAAGGAGCUGUUUUUGAUCUACCAGAGGACAUAGCGAAAGAUCUACUAGAGAAAGAAAUGCCAGAAGGAAACAGUGUAACCAUGAUUACAAAGUUGCCUGCGUUGCAAGACGAUGGACCGUCUAGUGAUAACUAUGGACGGUUCUCUAGCAGAGACAGGAUGCCUAGAGGAGGAGGAGGUUCUAGAGGGUCAAGAUUUGGAGGUAGAGGAGGCUUGUCACGAGGACGUGAUAGUUGGGGAGGUGAUGAUAACAGAAGAGGUAGAAGCAGUGGUGGUGGAGGAAGUAGCUGGUCACGUGGUGGUGGUGGUUCCAGAGGAAGUUCUGAUGAUUGGUUGAUUGGUAGUGACAGAAGAUCAUCAUCAAGCAGCAGAGCUCCUUCCCGUGAGAGACGGUAG